GAAAACAAUAUAGCCACCUGGAAGACUGGCUCAUAACAGCUGCCUCUGUGUGGGCUUACAGUCAGGUAGCAGACUCAGAGACAGACUUAAAUGAAUAAAACAGGACAGUGAAGUACAGUGUAGUGUUUGAGCGUCGGAUCACUCACAGUUCAGCAGCGUGGAGUAAAGAGGAGCCGAGUGUGAAUCUGGGACUGAAAUGUGGAAGAGUUAGGCAACAUCGUGAGGCAUUUAAGCACUCCAGACCAUGAACAUGAAGCAUCGGCGGUUCUCCCUUGACAGCUCAGAGUCCCUGGAGAAAGGUUCUGGAAGUAAUCUGCCGGGCCAAAAGAGGCCCAGUAGACUUAAUGGAGAGAGGAGGAAAAGCCACAAUCCACAGGUGGUCCAGCUGGAUGUCCAGGAGAUGAAGAGGACCAACUCACUGAGGUCCCAAAUAAUCGAGGAGGAGACCGUCCACUAUCCUGAUGGUGGCAUCACCAGAAAUAGCUUUAUAAAACACGACAAAACUUUCCACAAACUCUUCCAAGAGAUUCCUGCAGAGGAGAAACUAAUUCAUGCGUUCACCUGUUCCCUGCAGAAGGAGCUGUUGUACCAUGGGAAGCUCUACGUGUCUGACAACUAUGUGUGUUUCUACUCCUCUGUUCUCCUCAAAGACACAAAGGUGGUGAUUGGUGCGUCCACCAUUGAAGAGGUGAAAAAGCAGAACGCCGCCCUGUCCAUGCUCUCCAUCCGCACUACUGACAGAAGCAAGUAUUCCUUUGUGUCUCUGCGGAGCCGACAAGUGUGUUACAACACCCUGCUCUCCGUGUGUACACAGGCACAGCAGCAGGUGCGGCACAGGGAGAGUGGUAACAGCAGUCCCCAGGUGUCAUCGGCCGAGAACAGCCCCGACGCCGUGGGUCAGGACAUAGACACGACCUCCAGCCAAUCCAGUGUGGAGGACACGAUGGAGUGGAGCAGUCCCAUAGAGCUGGCUGGCAGAGAUGACUCGUGGGUUGGGAACAUCACUGGAAGGGUGAAAUGGCUGGUCAGAGUGAUGAGAAAGUCCAACAUCCUCCUCUCCAUCUAUCUGUUUCUGUUGGCUGUGCUACUGCUGUCAUCAGGGUACAUUGGCCUGCGGAUCAUAGCUUUAGAAGAGCAGCUGAGUUCUCUCGGUGCCCUGACUGAGUUCUCCAUACACCACAGAGAAUAACAGGAAAUGUAGUCUGAAGAAACACACAUGCUGGAAGACUGAAGUGCAUUACUGUUUGUCCAAAGCAACAAUACAAUCCACAUUCUGUAUGACAAACAGACCCUAUUUCACAUCAUUGGAGCUGCACCACGGUUGAGAUAAUUGCUCACUCUAGCGCCACCUACUGGUGUUUGACACCCCAAUUAAUGGUGUUUAGUCACUAAUUUGAGUUUCACUCCCUAUGCAUUAACCUGUUAAAGGGUCAGAUUGGGAAUUUGGCACUGAUGCCUUCUAUCUACUCACCCAGUGAGAUUAAAUCCCGGACACCAUGUUGAAAUAUGUGUUUAAUUUGUAGGAAGUUGCAAAUAAGCAUUAGCUUCAUUGCUAACGCAGAGACCAAAGCCAUCCAGCAAUAAAAAGGGCUUGAUGGUAAAAGUUUGGAACAAUUCUUUUACGAAGUACAUAUUACAUGUUACAUUUGUUUCCUGUGGUGUGAUAGUGAUCCUUCUGCACCUUUCUUUCAAGUAACAUGAUAUUCUGUCACGGCAGUCUAAAGUCUUGCCCAAACACUUUGCAGUUGCAUGGAGACAUUUAAACAUACAUAGCCCAU